AUGAAGGGCUCCGUAGCCUCCAUGGCCACGGCCAUCACUCUCGGCGCCUCCACCGUCCUCGGUGCUGCCACCAACAUCCAGGCCCGCAAGAGCAGCGACAUCACCCCCAUCACUGUCAAGGGUAACGCCUUCUUCAAGGGCGAUGAGCGUUUCUACAUGCGUGGUGUCGACUACCAGCCCGGUGGUUCCUCCAAGCUCGCCGACCCCAUCGCUGAUGCCGAUGGCUGCAAGCGUGACAUCAAGUACUUCAAAGAGCUCGGCUUGAACACCAUCCGUGUCUACUCCGUCGAUAACUCCAAGGACCACGACGAGUGCAUGUCGGCUCUCGCUGAGGCCGGCAUCUACCUCGUUCUCGAUGUCAACACCCCCAAGUACUCCCUCAACCGCAAGGACCCCGAGAUCUCCUACAACGAUGUCUACCUCCAGUACAUCUUCGCGACCAUGGAGAAGUUCGCCAAGUACGACAACACCUUGGCCUUCUUCUCCGGAAACGAGGUCAUCAACGAUGGCCCCUCCUCCAAGGCCGCUCCUUACGUCAAGGCCGUCACCCGUGACAUGCGCACCUACCUCCGCGCUCGCAAGCUCCGUGAGAUCCCUGUUGGUUACUCCGCUGCCGAUGUCGACACCAACCGCCUCGAGAUGGCCGAGUACAUGAACUGCGGUACCGACGACGAGCGCAGCGACUUCUUCGCCUUCAACGACUACUCCUGGUGCGACCCCUCUUCCUUCACCACCUCCGGCUGGGACCAGAAGGUGAAGAACUUCACCGGCUACGGUCUCCCCCUCUUCCUCUCCGAGUAUGGCUGCAACACCAACACCCGCGAGUGGCAAGAAGUCAAGGCUCUUUACUCUGAGAAGAUGACCCCUGUCUACUCCGGCGGUCUUGUUUACGAGUACGCCGUAGAGGGCAACAAGUACGGUCUGGCCAAGAUUGACGGUGAUGAUGUCACCACCAACAGCGACUACAAGCGUCUCAAGGCUGUCUUCGCCGAGGUCGACAACCCCAAGGGUAACGGCGGCUACAACUCCACUGGCGGUGCUUCUGGCUGCCCUAAGCAGUCUAAGCCCAACUGGGAUGUCUCCAACGAUGCUCUCCCCGCCAUGCCCGCCCCCGCUAAGAAGUUCCUGACUUCCGGUGCUGGCAAGGGUGACGGUUUCUCCGGCAAGGGCAGCCAGAACGCUGGCACCGGGUCCUCCGGUACUGCCACCCAGGGCUCCGGUGACGUUGCCGCUGCCACUAGCGGUGGCUCCGGUGCUUCUGCCACCAGCGAGGGUGCUGCUGCUGGCCUCAAGCCUGCUCAGUUCAGCUUCGCUCCCGUCACCGUCGGCCUGGUGACUCUUGUCUCCACCGUGUUCGGCGCUGGCUUCGUUCUUCUGUAA